AUUCACUCCCCCUUGAUUGUUUGUUGAACAGAUGAAGGAGUGGGGGUUGCAACGUGCAACCUCCGCUUCACUUCUUUUAUAAUGGCCGAAACGAGGGACGCAUUGUAUGUCCAACACAAAAAAACAAAGAGAAACAUAGGCUUAGCAGAGCAUAGAGCAAUGUCCUCUAAUCCAAUAAUACUGCAGAGUGAGAAGUUGACCAAGUAUAUACUGGAGACUAGUGUUUACCCUCGAGAAGCCAAGACUCUCAAAGAGCUAAGGAAUGUCACCGCAACACACCCUUGGGGAUUUAUGGGCGCUGAUCCUGAUGCGGGUCAGCUAAUGGCCUUGCUCUUGAAGCUGUUGAAUGCUAAAAAGACCAUUGAAGUGGGAGUUUUUACAGGAUACUCUCUUCUCCUCACUGCACUAACCAUUCCAGACGAUGGAAAGAUUAUAGCCCUGGAUCCAGAUAGAGAAGCUUAUGAGAUAGGACUACCAUUCAUUAAGAAGGCUGGUGUAGAGCACAAGAUCGACUUCAUUCAGUCCCCAGCUCUACCUGUUCUUGAUAAACUAUUAGAAGACGAUUCGAAUAAGGAUAGUUUUGACUUUGCCUUCGUUGAUGCUGAUAAAGAUAACUACUGGAAUUACCACGAGCGGCUUCUUAAACUGGUGAAGAUUGGUGGGUUAAUAAUCUAUGAUAAUACCCUCUGGGGUGGAACUGUUGCCUGGCCUGAAGAGGAUGUUCCAAUACCCAAAAGAAAAUACCGGCAGGCUGUUGUAGCUUUCAACAAAGCAAUUGCAGAUGAUUCUCGUGUUGAAAUUUCUGUUGUUUCAAUUGGUGAUGGCUUCACUAUUUGCUGGCGUGCUCAAUGAACACCGUUUCUGAAUGUUUCGUGCUCAAUGAACACUAUUUCCGAAUGUUCCGUGCUCAAUAAACACCAUUUCUGAAUGUUUUGUGCUAUGAUCCAAGUUAACUUGAUGUCCUAUGUUUUUGGUUUUUCAUUCUGCUUUUUCUGUGGGUGGUUAAAAUUGAUUUACCUCAAACUGUGGGUCUUAUGGUUUGACUGUAAUGCGAAUCACCGAGUGUUGCUAUUUACUAUUAAUAAAAUAAAAUGUGUGAUUCUUUGCCUACAAAGUAACCUCAAGUUUGUUAUCGCAGAAAUAAGGUGGAUACCUAAACUAGUCCAGAAACAACAUCGAGGACACUUCAAUCU